GAUGCAAAAGCUUCUUCAAGAGAAGCGUCAGGAGAAACCUAAAUUACUCGUGUCGAGGAAAUAGGAACUGUCCCAUCGACCAACACCAUAGGAAUCAGUGCCAGUAUUGUCGAUUGAAAAAGUGCCUGAAGAUGGGCAUGCGCCGGGAAGCCGUACAAAGGGGUCGAGUGCCACCGUCGCAGCCAUCGCUACCAGGUUUGCCGGGACAGUUCGCCCUGACGAACGGUGACGCGGUCGCGUGUGCCAACUUGAACGGUCAUUCUUACCUCUCCUCGUACAUAAGUUUGCUGCUGAGGGCAGAACCGUAUCCGACCUCGCGAUACGGCCAGUGCAUGCAACCGAACAACAUCAUGGGAAUCGACAACAUCUGCGAGCUCGCGGCGAGAUUGCUGUUCUCGGCGGUCGAGUGGGCCAGAAACAUCCCGUUCUUCCCGGACCUACAAGUCACCGACCAGGUUGCCCUGCUCAGGCUAGUUUGGAGCGAGUUGUUCGUGCUAAACGCGAGUCAGUGCUCGAUGCCUCUGCACGUGGCGCCGCUGCUCGCCGCGGCCGGUCUUCACGCUUCCCCCAUGGCGGCGGAUCGCGUCGUCGCCUUCAUGGACCACAUCAGGAUCUUUCAGGAACAAGUGGAAAAAUUGAAGGCGCUGCACGUCGACUCCGCGGAGUACAGUUGCCUCAAGGCCAUCGUCCUCUUCACCACAGAUGCUUGUGGAUUGUCGGACGUGGCGCAUAUCGAGUCCCUUCAGGAGAAGUCGCAGUGCGCCUUGGAAGAAUACUGCAGGACUCAAUACCCGAAUCAACCGACGAGAUUCGGCAAGCUGCUUCUUCGAUUACCCUCGCUGAGGACGGUGUCGUCGCAGGUGAUCGAACAGCUGUUCUUCGUUCGGCUGGUCGGGAAAACGCCGAUCGAGACGCUGAUCAGGGAUAUGCUGCUCAGCGGUAGCAGCUUCAACUGGCCGUACAUGUCCACGAUGUGACAUUCUGUCUGGCGACAGCUAGCUUCCGCGUAAUACCCUCGCGCCAUUUCCCAUCGCCUCGUCCCUCUUCGUCGUCGUCGUCGUCGUCGUCGUCUCUUCGCCUCUCCGUCGUACGAGCACCGUCGCUCGCUUCGCGCCACUUUCCAACGAUUCGCCAAGCAUUCGCGGCUCCCCUGGCCUCCGAAACGGUGUCGAGGAAACGAACCGCGCGCGACGGUCCGACGAGUCGGCGAAUCUGCACGAGGACGAGCGAACGUCCAACAGGCCGAAGAGAACGAUACGAGGCAGCGAUAAAGACGCCGCGAAGGUCGCGGUUCCAGCUUUUUCGAAGCACGCGGAUCGAUCGCGCUACGGACGAAAGGAAAGGCGCGAGCUCGCGUGUUUCGCCAGACCUUUUUCUCUGGAAUUGCA